AUGUCCAGGCCGGCAUUUGAGACUAGGUAUGCUGGCUGGCUGGCUAAAGGCCUUGUUGGUAAUGCUAUACUGUUAAAAAAGAGGAAGCUGAAGCUGCCUUAUGAUGAGGUCAUCGAUACUAUUUUCCCAAAAGUGUUCAAGGAUGUCCUCACAGCAAGCGCGUGUGUAAUCCAGCCCCCGAGCCAAGAGCGGCCCAAGUACUUAAUCUUCUGGGAGCUGCUUAAAAACCUGCUUUCAUUCCAGCCACUGGACAAGCUUUUCGGCGUCUUCGUUGGUGGUGACGAUGAGGAAAGCGAAGAUGCCAACGUGAGCGACGAGGAAGAUGACGAGGACGAGGAUGAUGAUGAGGAAGAUGACGAGGAGAAUGACGAGGAAGAUGAUGAGGACGAGGAUGAUGAUGAGGAAGAUGACAAGGAGGAUGACGUGGAAGAUGGGUGGUACAGGAGGGUAUCCUCCGGUGGCAGGGUGGUACAGGAGGGUACCCUCCGGUGGCAGGGUGGUACAGGAGGGUAUCCUCCGGUAGCAAGGUGGUACAGGAGGGUAUCCUCCAGUGGCAUGGUGGUACAGGAGGGUAUCCUCUGGUGGCAGGGUGGUACAGGAGGGUACCCUCUGGUGGCAGGGUGGUACAGGAGGAUAUCCUUCGGUGGCAAGGUGGUACAGGAGGGCAUCCUCCGGUGGCAUGGUGGUACAGGAGGGUAUCCUCCGGUGGCAGGGUGGUACAGGAGGGUACCCUCCGGUGGCAAGGUGGUACAGGAGGGUAUCCUCCGGUGGCAAGAAGACUUCUUGCUGCAUGCUGGCUUUGAGGAGAGCUUGGAAGGGCUGUUGGCGCAAGGAAGGUCCGAGUUUGUCCUCGUCCGCUCCAGCCCUGGUGAGAUGGGGAGAGUGCACUCCGAAGCCUUGAUGGCAAGCAUUCGGUCCAAGUGUUGCACCCCCGUGCUCAUCGUGGAGGUGAAGGCAGCUGUGGAUGUCGAAAAGCACCUAUGGCAGCCGCUGGCUACUGUGCUUGAGCUGGCAGAGGCAAGCGGCACAGAGGAGCCAGUGUGGUUGCUGCUCACGGACAUGCAGACGUGGUACUUUGCCAAGGUCCAGCGUGCGGGGCCACGGCCACAAACAAAUGAGCAGGGUGCAGCAGCAGCAGCUGCACAGGCACCAACUUUGGUUGUGCCACAGGACCCACCUGCCAGCCCGAUGCGAGCCAAAGCGAGCUUGUAUGUGUACUCCAUACAGCUGUAUGAGCAUAUCUAUGCUGGCUUGAACACGACUUACAGCUCAGAUUACUACCAGGUGCUGGAGCAGUUACUGAAGAUCAUGUACCCCGGCCUGGACCUGCGGGAGCUGCCAACACGCCAAGAUGCUGGCCAGGAAGUGAUCAACUCGCAGACAGAGAGCUGGGCCAAGGAGUCCCUGGCGAAUGCCAAGAAAAUCGCUAACGCCAAAGACUUAGCGGUGAAGAAUGCAAAGCUGGAGGUGAAGAAUGCAAAGCUGGAGGCGGCGGUGGCAGCGGCCAAAGACUUGGCGGCAGAGUACGCAAAGCGGGCCACGGCGGCCGAAGACUUAGCGGUGGAGAACGUAAAGCGGGCCGCGGCGGCCAAAGACUUAGCGUCAGAGAAUGCAAAGCUGGUGGCGGAGAACGCAAAGCUGGCUGUGGCGGCGGCGGCGGCCAGAGACUUAGCGGUGGAGAACACAGCACUAAUGCAGUACCAGGGCUGGCUGGUGGUGACAGCACUGGGUUGCUUUGGCAGCAAAGGCCGGCUGCAGUGUAGUGCCAGCAGUCGGUGGCUGUCGGUGGUUGCCGGCUGCCUGCAGCAAGGCGCUACCGGGCCUCAGCAUGGUUAG